AUGGCUGCAAAAUACCCUGAUAGCAGUGAUAACGACGAGGAAGAAAUUCAUUUUGAUCAGCGCAGUAGAAAGUCCGGGGAAAAACAAAGAUAUCCGUUGCAUAUAUACUCUGAUGAGGAUUUUGUAGAUCCAUCUCAAUUUAUAGAAUCUAAUGUACCGAGCAAAAUUUCCGAUAAAGAAUAUAACUAUGUCCAAAGUCAUCAAGGUUACCGUAGUGCAACCAGACAUACAGAAUCAAGAGGACGGUCAGGUAUGCGAAGGUCAUCAAGAAGAGGUUAUAAAGCAGUAGUUGAUACACAAUCAAUUCACAAUCAAUAUGAAAAAGAACAUCACAACCAUCGUGGACUUUAUAAUCGGGAUCGAGGGCAUUUUCAGGGGCGAAGAAAUUUCAGGAGACGUCCAUUUUACAAUCAAGAACAAGACAGGUGGACAAACAACGAAAAUGCUGAUAAAAAUUUUAAUGAAGGGAAGAUGCACAAUGAAGUCCAAAGCCGUAGAAUGGGCUACAGAAGACUGAAAGACUUAGACAGUUCAUCAAGGAAUGCUGACGAAAUUCUCCUAGAAUUAGUUACAAAGAGGAAUGGUUUUGGUGAUCUCUUGAGUCAGAAAUUAAAACCAGAUUGGAUGAUAAUGAUUAUUUCACUUCUUGUGAAAUCAUUUCAAUCCGAAAAACACCAAACAAAGCUGGAACUGGUGGCCCUUUUGAAUACUUCUAAUUUCAUAAUGGUUAAUCUUCUUCUUUUUCUUGGAGAGAUAGAACUUGGGGAAGUAAAGUUACAAGACAUCGAAUUUUCUUCUUUAAUGGAAAACGUUUGUUCAUUGACUCAUACAUUGAUUCAAAGAAUGCAAAGCCACGUAUCUCAGUGGAGCAUUUUAAUUGAAUAUCUAGAUAGGGUUGUAGCCAAAAAUUCUAGUAGAAUCCUCCAUUACAAGCCCGAGGUCGUUACGAAAAUGAAAGAGUUCAAAGCUGCAAAAGAUAAUAUUCAAAAGGUCGACAAUAGAAAAGCAAUAACGUUGUCGAGUGAUGAUUGUGAAUCGCAAGAACCACCUGAAAAUUUCAGGCAGCUCUCUGUUCUUCCCGAAAUGAAAGAUUUUGAUUUCAAUGAAAAGCCCUUUCUAAGGGCUAACAAAAUAAAAGGCGGAUAUGACAACUUAGAUCAUUAUUUGGACAUUCAGUUUAGAUUGCUUCGAGAAGAUUUUUUACGGCCAUUGCGAGAAGGAAUUAUGGAGUACAAAAAGCAGUCAGUACACAAAAAUCUUCGCAGAAAAGUUGGGGAUGUGAGAAUUUAUACUAAUGUUCAGAUAGUCCGCCCUGUGUGUAGAGAUGAGGGUAUUGCACAUUUGAUACGUUUAGAUAUGACCAAACUAAGAAACAUUAGAUGGGAAUCUUCAAGAAGGUUAAUGUAUGGGGCACUGCUUUGUUUAUCUCAGGAUGGAUUCAAAAAUAUUCUCUUUGCAAGUGUUACGGAUCGUAAUGAGAGAAUGUUGGAAAAUGGCGAAAUAGAAGUAAAGUUUCAAGAAAAAGAUCUAAGCAAAGUUGAAAAAGCUACAGCAAAUCAUUUGUAUGUUGUAGCUGAAACCACUGCAUACUUUGAAGCUUACAGACAUAUACUGGAGGGUAUGAAAGAAAUAACGCAAGAAAUGCCAUUCCAGAAGUAUAUUGUACAUUGUCAAGCAAAUGCGAAACCUCCUCAAUAUCUUCUGUCUUCAGGUGUUUUGCUUUAUGACUUUUCAAUCCUUCUUUAUAAGGAAGACGAUGAUAAGAGACCCGCAGACGUUUCAAGCUGUGAAAGUAAAAGCAGAUGUCGAACUGAGAUUCCAAUACUCAGUACAUCAAAAUGGCCCUCCGCAGAGACAUUACAUUUGGAUCAUUCUCAACAUAAAGCUCUUCAGUUAGCUUUGACUAAAGAAAUUGCCUUGAUCCAAGGUCCCCCCGGUACCGGAAAGACUUUUCUUGGAAUGAAAAUUGCGCAGAUAUUAUUACUUAAUAGAGAUAUUUGGGCUGAAAAGGAUAAACCUGAGCCGAUUUUGGUUGUUUGCUAUACAAAUCAUGCACUGGACCAGUUUCUUCUUGGCAUAAAAAAUUAUACCAAAAAACUUGUUCGAAUCGGUUCACGAUCAAAAGUUCCGGAACUUGAAGAGUACACUUUAACUUCGUAUAGAAGAAAGGCAAAAUUCUCGCGCAUUUUAUCACAGGCUGUCUACGACAGAAAAAAUGACUGUUAUCACAAUAUGGAAGAACACCGAAAAGCCAUUGAAAGUGUAAGUAGAAAAAUUAAAAUUGCAAAAUUAGGCAUUCUCUCCAUAGAAGAAUUGGAAGCUGUCGUUUCCAAAAAACAUUUUGCAGAAUUAAAAAAUGAAAGUGGCAGUUACAUUGACGAAUGGUUGGAAAUCGACAGGGAAAUGUAUUUACUUAAAAACUGUGGUACAGAGUCGGAAGAGGAAAAAGCUCUCAAAAAGAAAUAUGAAAUUCUAUUGCAAUGGGAACAGGAACUAAUCAGAGGCAGAAAAAUCGAUCCUUUGCCAAUGAAACUUCUCAAGCGUUAUCAUAAUCCCUGGAAAUUAAAUUUAAGACAAAGGGGGAGUCUUUUCAAAGUUUUAUUAUCAGAAUUUAAGUCUGGGGUGAAAAAGAAUUUGGACAUAAAUCUCAAGCGAUAUAAUAAUGCGCUUAAUCAUCUAAACAUGCCGUAUGCACCAUUAGAAAUGACCACGAGUAUUCAAAAUAUCAAUAAGUUAAUAGGCAUUUUAAAGGCAAGUGAAAAAGAAAUUAUGGACGAAGAAGUCAUAAAAACAUUUGUCAAUCCUUUUCUGGGUCAACUGAUCAAGUGA